AUGUGGCCUCUCCUCCUCCUCCGCGCCUCCGUCCUAUCCGCCGCGCUGCUCGCCGCCGUCGAGGCGGCCCCGCGUGGAGGCGGCGGCGGGCAGCAGGAGCUCCUGGCCACCGGCGGCGGGGCGAGCGGCCUCACGAGGGCGCCGCCCCGGCCCGCGCCCAGCAAGGUGGCGCUGGACAGCGUGACGCUCCCCGCCGACACCUCCGCGGGUUUCGCCGGCGCGUGGAGCGUCGUGAGCGAGAACUCGGGCGUGUCCGCGAUGCACCUGGUGGUCAUGCGCCACGGCAAGGCCGUCAUGUUCGACACGUCUACGACGGGGCGGUCGCUGAUGAGGCUCCCCGUGGGCGGGUGCCGCCCCGACACCCGAAGCAGGCGGCCCGGCGCCAUGGACUGCUGGGCGCACGCCGUGGAGUUCGACUACAACACCGGCGCGCUCCGGUCUCUCAAGAUCGUGACGGACACGUGGUGCUCGUCGGGCGCAUUCGACGUCGACGGCAACCUCGUGCAGACUGGCGGCUACUUCGAAGGUGACAAAUCUGUCAGGUACCUGGGCGCGUGCGACCGCUGCGACUGGAAGGAGUUUCCCAAGAGCCUUGCCGAAGGAAGAUGGUACGCAACGCAGCUUGUGCUGCCGGACGGCGGCUUCAUCGUGAUCGGCGGGCGGCGCGCGUUCAGCUACGAGUUCGUCCCGCCGGGCGGUCAAGUGAACACCAAGACCAUGCCCCUCCGGCUGCUCCGGGAGACCACCGACGAAGACGAGAACAACCUGUACCCCUUCGUCUACCUCCUCCCGGACGGGAACCUCUUCAUCUUCGUCAACGACCGCUCCGUCGUGUUCGACUACGGGAGCGGGCAGGUCGUGCGCGAGCUUCCGAUCCUCCCCGCCGGCGCUCGGAACUACCCUGCGUCCGCCAUGUCCGCGCUCCUUCCCCUGGACCUCCGCCGGGGGGUCGGCCUUAGCGCGGAGGUCAUCGUCUGCGGCGGCGCCACCAAGAAUUCCUUCAAGCUCGGCGAGAGCAGCACAUUCCCUCCCGCGCUCCGGGACUGCGCGCGCAUCAACCCGUCUAAGCCUCGGGCGCGGUGGGCGCUCGACCAAAUGCCCGUCGCCCGCGUCAUGGGCGACAUGCUGAUCCUGCCCACCGGCGACCUGCUCAUGCUGAACGGCGCAGCCAAGGGAUGCUCCGGCUGGGGCUUCGGCCGGCAGCCUGUUCUGAGCCCUGUCCUGUACUCGCCACAUCAGCCCCGCGGAAAGCGGUUCCGCGCUCUGACGGCGACGACCGUCCCGCGCAUGUACCACGCCACCAGCGCGGUGCUCCCCGACGCCACCGUGCUCGUGGCCGGCAGCAACACCAACACGGCCUACAACUUCAGCGGCGUGGACUUCCCGACCGAGGUGCGCGUGGAGCGGUUCACCCCGCCGUACCUCUCCCCGCAGCUCGCGGCCAACCGCCCGUCGAUCGACGCGGCUUCCCUGCCCCGCGACGGCAUGCGGUACGGCUCCAGGUUCACGCUCCGGUUCGCGACGCCCGCGCAGGCCGUGGGCAACGCCGACGUGAAGGUGACCAUGUACGCGCCGCCGUUCACGACGCACGGGUACUCCAUGAACCAGCGGCUGCUGAUACUGCCCGUCGCCGCGUUCGCCGCGCAGGGGCGACAGCACACGGUGACCGUCGACCCGCCGCCGAAGCCGGAGCUCGCGCCGCCGGGGUACUACAUGGUGUACGUGGUGGCGAAGGGGGUCCCGAGCAAGGCCGCGUGGGUGAAGAUACACAAGUAAAAAAAAAGAACGUAACGUGACUCUCUCCGCGUCUGACACGAUGAUUUUACAGUGUGCGUAGUGUGGCACGGAGCGCGUGCAUUGCAUCUCCACCCCCGCGCUUGCCGUUUGACACGACGUUGCUAGUGUAUACUGGCUAUAGCUAGCUAGUGGCACGGAGCAGCCGCAUGCCCGCAAAAUAGGAGAGAAUGUUUCCGCCGCGAUUUUUUUUAACCUCGUGGUGUGUUUUUUCCUCGGUAAAAGGAAGAGUAUAAUCUUUGCAAUAUAGUGUUGUGUUUGGAGCAAGGUACGGAUAUUGAUCAAGCCAAAUGUAAUAAAACUGGUGCUUUAAUCUUGCAAGUUGCAAUACCGAGUACCAGAGUGGAAAAAACGCACAAUUAUAUUGAUAC